ACGUAGAACGUGAUCGACUGCUUUUCGCUGAAGACUUGAGCAGUUGCCGGGAUGUUCUUAUAAUCUAUUGGCUGUAUUAAUAGUACCCAGGUUUAUUUCGGGCCGACGCAACGGCUGGGCUUCAUAACUGCAGACUUUGUGUCAUAUACACGCUUUCUGUUUGCUUUGGUGGUGGAAAACAAUGUCUGCAGUAGAUGAAGACACAGAGUUAAGGGAUCUACUGAUACAAACACUUGAAAACAAUGGUGUGCUCAACAAAAUCAAGGCAGAAUUGAGAGCAUCUGUGUUUUUAGCCUUGGAAGAACAAGAGAAAGUGGAGAACAAGACACCACUUGUUAAUGAAAGUUUGAAGAGAUUCCUUAAUACAAGAGAUGGUCGUUUGGUAACAAGCCUUUUCACUGAAUUCCUCCAGUUUUUCAAUCUUGACUUUACAUUGGCAGUAUUUCAACCUGAAGCAUGCCUGGGAAAUGCAACAGAUGAGCGAAGUUAUUUAGCCAAAGACCUUGGGAUUAUAGAAUCAGAAGGUACUAAAAGUAGCCCGUUAGUACUUGAACUGGUCAAAAAAUGGCAUCAAAAAGACAAGAUUAUUAGUGGUGAAGGUGAUAAACUUAUCUCUCUUCCUAAGGAGUUAUCACCAAAGCAAAUAGCAGAAGCUCAGAAGAAGUUUGAGUUUUACGAUAAGGAUAGAAAUGGAGAAAUUAGCAAAAAUGAGCUACGGACCCUUUUUAUUGAUCUUUUCCCCCAUUUUCAUAGAAAUAUGCUGGAGAGAUAUGUUACUGAUGAGUUCAAAGCUGCUGAUAAAGACUUAAAUAAUGGAAUUGACUUCCGCGAAUUCAUUGGAAUGUACAAGCGCUUGUUUAUUCAAUGUAGAAGCGUUGUAGCACACGAUGUACCCGACAUCAUACACUCCCCACGGAGAAUGCUCGAUGGAAAGAGCAGUGCUCAGGGCACACUGAGCAAGACGGACAGCACGAGUGAAAAAAAUAGCUCUAGAGAUUCAAAGAAAAAACACGAGAACCCAACUCAAGUGAAUGAUGUAAAACAAGACUUCAAACUUGGCAAACUUUCCCUUGAGUCUUUGGAACGAAAAACUCCAGAACUGGAUGAAGAUGAUGGCGAAGGGGAUUCUUUCUUUGAUGAUCCUAUACCGAAACCAGAGAAAACGUAUGGUUGCCAUUCCCCGGCUGGUGAUUAUAACUCAGGUGACCCUGUAUCUGAAACUCAAGGGCGUCCAUCCCAAAAAUUGAAAACGCAACCAAGCAAAUUCGACGAAACUCCUUCUGCUCGCUCGAAUUCACCGUCGGCCAAGACGGAGCCAAGUUCCCUCUCUGACGCACCUGACCUAAAACAGUCUGACCGAGAGAACCGCCUUGCCUCUUUGAAGGACUUUAACACAGCAACCAGCAAAAUAGCCACUCUGGAGCUAGGAGCUGGUAAAGAAGAUGACUAUUUUGACGAUUUCAAUAGCACUAGUCACCGGUCGGACAAAAGCGAAGUGAGUAUUGGUGAGGAAAUUGAAGAAGAGGAUCUAUCUGUAGAUGAUCUAAUGGGCAGUGACAAGCUCGAAGACCUUACAGUGGAUCACACUAUAUCCCAAACCAGUGAUGUUGCAGAUUACUUGGAAGAGGUUUCAUAGACUUUGCAAGAACAUUUUUUUUUCCCUUCAAUAUAUAACAAAACCUACAUGAAAAAGCGACUAUUUUCAUUACUAGCUUUUUGGAUGUUACAAAUUAGCUGCCUUUCUUCCUUUCAGGAAUCCAGACCGUUUUUGUUUUGUUUUUGGGAGGGGGGCUGCAUGUGGUUUGAUCAAAGAUCUGUGUUAAUAUUCAAAUAUUCUAAUAUUAAAGAAAAAAAAAAAACCCA